ACACAGUCAAAACCCCUUCCGCUUCGACGGUAUUUUCCGAAAAACCCUAGGAGAGAGUAAAACUUGAGCAGCUCCAAAAUGGUUCAGCGGCUCACCUACCGUACCCGCCACAGCUACGCCACCAAGUCCAACCAGCACCGCGUCGUCAAAACCCCCGGAGGGAAGCUUGUGUAUCAGACCACCAAGAAGAGAGCUAGUGGCCCCAAGUGUCCUGUUACUGGAAAGAGAAUUCAAGGAAUUCCCCACUUGAGGCCUGCUGAAUAUAAGAGGUCUAGAUUAUCUAGAAACCGAAGAACUGUGAACCGUGCUUAUGGUGGAGUGCUGUCUGGAAGUGCUGUCAGGGAAAGGAUAAUUCGAGCCUUUUUGGUUGAAGAGCAAAAGAUUGUGAAGAAGGUCUUGAAGAUUCAAAAGGCAAAGGAAAAGCAAGCAUCCAAGAGUUAGGAUUUCAGUUGAGAGAAUUCAGCUCUGGCUUGAUGAUAGUGAAUUGUGGGAUAAUAUUUUGAGGUAAUCAAACUUGAAGUUGUAUCUUGCUCGGCUGGUAUGGACAAGUGAUUUCUGCUUCCCUUCAUUUUGUCGACAAGUCUAUUUGUGUUAAAAUUUUGUUUUCAUCUAUUACUUCUAAGGUGGUGUUUUAAAUUUGAUAUUGGAUGUCCUAUGUAAUGCUAGAUUACUGCCUUUUGUUAUCAUUAUUAAUGAAGUUUUAUGAUUGCC